AUGAGCCGCCAGCUGCACCGCCACCCCGGCCCCGAGCGCCUGGGCUUCAGCGGCUGCUCGGCCGUCAUCGCGGGCCGGGUCAGCAGCAGCUCCGCCCCGUUCCGGGCCGGCAUCAAGACCACCGCCGCCUUCGGCAGCAGGAGCCUCUUCAGCCCGGGGGGCGGCCGGCGCCGGGCCCUGAGCGCCGCGGCCGGGCGGAGUGGCGCCUGCGCGCUGGGCCACUGCGCGGGCACGGGCGGCGGCCGCCUGCGCGGCUUCGUGGGCACCGUCUUUGGCAGCGCCGGCCUGGGGCCCGCCUGCCCCUCCGUGUGCCCGCCCGGCGGCAUCCCUCAGGUCACCGUCAACAAGAGCCUCCUGGCCCCGCUCAACGUGGAGCUGGACCCCGGGAUCCAGAAGGUGCGCGCCCUGGAGCGGGAGCAGAUCAAGGCUGUGAACAACAAGUUCGCCUCCUUCAUCGACAAGGUGCGCUUCCUGGAGCAGCAGAACCAGGUGCUGGAGACCAAGUGGGAGCUGCUGCAGCAGCUGGACCUGAACAACUGCAGGAACAACCUGGAGCCCGUCCUCGAGGGCCACAUCAGCAACCUGCGGAAGCAGCUGGACACGCUGUCCGGGGACAGGGUGAGGCUGGACUCGGAGCUGAGGAGCGUGCGGGACGUGGUGGAGGACUACAAGAAGAGGUACGAGGUGGAGAUUAACAGACGCACAGCUGCUGAGAAUGAGUUUGUGGUGCUCAAGAAGGAUGUGGAUGCCGCCUACAUGAACAAGGCUGAGCUGCAGGCCAAGGUGGACUCCUUGACGGACGAGAUCAAGUUCUUCAGGUGCCUCUACGAAGGGGAGAUCGCUCAGAUCCAGUCCCACAUCAGUGACACGUCUGUCAUCCUGUCCAUGGACAACAACCGGGACCUAGACCUGGACAGCAUCAUCGCCGAGGUCCGCGCCCAGUACAAGGAGAUCGCCCUGAAGAGCAAGGCCGAGGCCGAGGCGCUGUACCAGACCAAGAUCCAGGAGCUGCAGGUCACGGCGGGCCAGCAUGGAGAUGACCUCAAACUCAGCAAGGCUGAGAUCUCAGAGCUCAACCGUCUGAUCCAGAGGAUCCGCUCCGAGAUAGGGAGUGCGAAGAAGCAGUGCUCCAACCUGGAGACGGCCAUCGCCGAUGCCGAGCAGCAGGGUGACUGUGCCCUGAAGGACGCCCGGGCCAAGCUGGAUGAGCUGGAGGGCGCCCUGCACCAGGCCAAGGAUGAGCUGGCCCUCAUGCUGCGCGAGUACCAGGAGCUCAUGAGCACAAAGCUGGCCCUGGACGUGGAGAUCGCCACCUACCGCAAGCUGCUGGAGGGCGAGGAGUGCCGGAUGUCUGGUGAAUAUCCGAAUUCCGUGAGCAUCUCCGUCAUCAGCAACACCAGUGCUGGGGCAGGAGGGGCUGGCUUCAGCCUGGGCUUUGGCGCCUCCAGCAGAUACAGCUACAAGCCCGCGGCCGCAGACGUCAAAACCAAAGGCAGCUGUGGCAGCGAGUUCAAGGAUCCCCUCCUCAAAGCCUCGGGCAGCAGCUGUGCGACCAAGAAGCCCUGGAGAUGAAGGGCAGGCGGCGGGUGGCUCCGUGAGCAGGGAGCUGCAGCCAUCUCCUCCUUCUCCACCCCCGGGCCCCCUUUCCAAGUCGGGAAGUGCUUCCUCCGUCACCACAAUCCCAGUCCCUCCUCUCUCCUGGUUGUCCCCAGCGGGCAAUGCUCUGAUGGGGGAAGUCCAGUUGUGGGCACUCUUGGUGACGUCCUCCUUGGCCACCUUUCACUGGGUCACUGCCCCCACAUGCGGAGAUAACACACGUACCCAGGAUGCUUCCCUGCGGCCAGGCGCAGCCUCUCUGCCCCCUGCCUUUCUUAGGCCUUCACGGCCAAGGGGCUCUCUUUGUCCUCUGGUUGGGGUCAUGUCCGGUUCUCUGCUUCUCCUGCAAUAAAGGAUCA